ACCUGGUGGAAUCUUUCCUUUCCUACAGAGGGAGUGUAUUAAUAAGUAUGUAGAAGUUUUGUUUCUUUUUGCUCACUCUGCUUCCUAGAACACGUGCACAGACAGAUCACAGAUACAGGGCACAAUCUUGGUGAGAUCUGAUCGUGUCACACUAGGAAGGCACUGGUGCCAGGACCUGCCCAGAAGGAAACACAUUCCUGCCCUCACAUGGUUAAACCUGCAAGGAAGGGAAACUUUACAGCAGAACUGGGUGUUGCUGGCUCUUGGCAGGGCAGCUUUACUGGAACUGGUGUCAGUGAGGAAUACAAGAAGAAUUAAGCCUGUCCGGUUAAUGCCCCCAAGGGAUCACUGAGUGGGAUGCAGGGGAAGAGUCCCUUAUUGCCAUAUCUGCACCCUAGAAGUUAAUAUGCCUGUGUUGGUGAGGUUUGGGCACAAGAGAUAAAGUUACUCUGCCUGCACUGUCUCUGCUAUGUUUGUCUGUCUAGUACUUUAUCUGCACUCCCUCUUCCUGGCUGCUGUAGCCCAGUCCAUACCUGAUGCAGACCACGCCGGCUUUGUUCCUGACUCCGAGGGUGACCUUAUCUUCCUCUUAGACAGUUCAGGAAGUGUCUCAUAUUAUGAGUUUGCCAAAGUUCGAGAGUUUAUUGGUAACCUACUGCGACCAUUCACCUUUGGCCCACAAGAUGUGCAAGCCAGCAUUGUGCAUAUCAGCAACAAACCUGUUCUGGAAUUCCCCUUCAACCAAUAUGGUUCUAGCCAGGAGAUCCAAAGAGCCAUACAGAAUAUCCAGCAGCAAAUGGGAGACACAAAUACAGGCAAAGCUCUUUCUUACAUAAAGGAGAACCUCUUUGAAGAGAGGAGCGGGUCUAGAGCAGAGGUUCCAAAGGUUAUGGUGUGGGUAACGGAUGGCUUGUCUACUGAUGACAUUUCUCAACCCAUGCAGCUUUUAAAGGACAUGGGCGUUACGGUAUUUAUUGUAAGCACCGGCAGAGGGAACUAUUUGGAGCUGUCAGCAGCAGCCAGCAAACCAUCUGACUCUCAUCUUCACUUUGUAGAUGUAGACGACCUUCAUAUAAUCACCAAGGAGCUUCGAGACUCUAUCAUUGAACUAAUACGAGCAAGGCGACUGCAUGCUCAGGAUAUAACAACCACAAGUUUUAGGCUAACGUGGCCAAGGCUCUUGUCCAGGGAGACUGGCUAUUACUUGUUGGAAUAUGCACUUGUGUCAAACCCAGAGAAGAAGUUAAGCCGAUCCUUGUCUGGAGAUCAGACUGGUGUGACACUUAACAACUUAACCCCAGAUACUGAUUAUCAGGUGACGCUGCUCCCUGAAUCUAACGUUCAAUAUAUACAGCCUCAAACCAUCCAGGUCUCCACUUUGCCAGAGAUGAUUAGCCCAACUCAGAUAUUAAUAUCGGAAGCAAGCACUCACAGUUUCCGUGUAAGUUGGGGGCCACCCCUUGACAGUGUGGCUGGGUAUGAAAUCCAAUAUGGCCCCCUGCCAAGCAAUGAUGUUCAGACAGUGGAUGUAGACAGCAGCCAGAAUAGUACUGUCCUGGAAAACCUCAAAUCCAACACCACUUACUUGGUUACAGUGAAUGCCUUGUACAAAUCUGGAGGGGAGAAGGCAUUAUCAGCCAUCGCUUGUACAGAAGAAAAUGACAACAUUCGAUAUCUACAUCUGGAAGACCUUGGUUCUGAUAAAGUAAAGGCAACAUGGAGCACUGCUGAAGGAGAAGUGCAGGGUUACCUUAUAAAGUGCCAGCGGCAACUAGGCUCUUCAUCACGGGUCAGUGUGGGGCCCCAAGCUGAUAGCCUUAUUCUGAAUGAUAUGGAAGCAGGGACUACAAGCGAGAUUUGUGUUAUGCCAGUGUAUGUGAAUGGAGCAGGGAAGAACCUGUGCAAGACUGUUAAGACAUAACCAGCAACACGUGCAGUGGACUACCCUAGGACUGAGUGAUACUAGACUAUUGCAUCAAUGUCCCUAGAAGCUAGAGAUCAGAAGAAGACGCAGGUGCUAACAAAAGGAGUAAGUGAAGAGGUUGCUGCUGUAUCUUUAUCAUUCAGAAAAGAAAAACAUGGCACUGUGCCGCAGUCCUUUUUCCUAUCUCUAGAUGGCAGUUGGGCCGAAUUAAGCUGGAAGUUCUGACACUGCGAGUAAGGUCACAUCUGCAAGAGAAAUGGCUUGACUGGGGGGGGCAUCUUCACCAAAAUAUGUUGAGAACCUUGAAAUUGUCUUUAAAGUAACCGUUAAAGCUUCAAUCAAGCACAUUUCAUCUUUCCCUUUUGGUGCAAGAACUGGGAUUGGCCUGGAAGGAAAUAUAACUUUUUAUUUGCAGGAAGCCAUAUUAGGGAACGCAUCAGUGAUUUCCUUAGUACUGUGUUUUUCCCCUGACCAUGCUGGCACCAACUAUAUUGAAGUAUAUUGACUACCCUCUUAUUAAUCUGUCCUAGGAGAACACUCUCUGUGUACAUGACCAACUCCAAAGAAGUAUUUUAAUAUUUCAUUGUUCCCAUGGACAGAGAAGUUCUCUGUGUCUGCUUCAACUCCAUAAAUAAAGUUACAGAAACGAGUGACACCGUUGGAUUGUGAUAAGCUUAUGAGUAUUUGUCAUGGACGCAGUGUACUUAAAGAUUUAUGUAAUGCACUGGCUCAGGGGCAGAGUGUGCUGAACUGCCAGUAUAGCCACCAUUUUUUAUUAGACACCCCCCAUACAAGCAGAAAGGAUAAAAGUAAAAGUUCAGGCUGAGAUACCUGGUAUAUUGAAUCUUUGGUGAUAUAUAUCGGUUCCAUGACCUGAGCUUAUUGGGCAAAAUUAGAUUGCAAAAGAGGGAUUGUCAUCACUGCAUUUUAGUAGAUGUUAUUAGAGACCAUUCACCUCUAACUGGCCAAGUCAGCUCACUGAAUACUUGCAUAGGCCUGGCUAGGUAAACACAUUGUCCAGUCAAAUCUUCAAGGCACUGUCUAUGGAACUGAACAUGUAUGAAAUAUACUCCUUUAUGUAGGAUGUGGAAGACAGUAGGUUGCAGAAGACAACAUGAAUGUGUCUUGAAGGCACUGACCAUUCUAGAGUGAGGUUAUAUGUUGACCGACUGCCAUCUUGAAAAGGGGGGAGGGUGCUUUUUUCUCAGCUCUGCGGAUGGAGCUCAGCUUUGACCAGCUGGAGAUAUUUCUCAGUAGUGAUGAGCGAAAAAUUAAUGAAACUGCAAAACAAAUUUCGAACAAAUUGGUCAAUGGGCGUUUUUACGUGCAACUUUUUUUACGCGUAACAAUUUUUCAUACUGAAAAUGAAUUAGUCAACGGGCGUUUUUUCAUAUGGCAACUUCAGGCGACUUCGGAACAUUAAGCGUUCCCGGUGGCUAUUUACAUUCUAACCGGCUGGAAGGUAGGGGAGGCAGUUCGGUGAGAUUAGUUGUCCGAAGAAGAGGAGAUUUGUCGCCGGGCGACUAAUCUCCCCGAAACGCAGCAUGUCACUGCCCUUGAAGUCAAUGGGCGUUUUUUCUUAUGUUGACUUUUUUGUCCUAAUGCAUUAAAGUCAAUGGGAAUAAAUUCGCUCAUCGCAAUGGGAAUAAAUUCGCUCAUCACUAUUUCUCAGAUCUAGCAUUGCAAGCUAAAUGCUUCAAGUCUCUAACCUAUUGGCAAUAAAAGGAGAUGCCAUCAAUCUCAAUGGCUCACACUUUGCUCAGUGUUACUAACAAACCACAGGAACAUAGUUCUACUGUUCUAACAAUUUUCAAACUCUUAUUCCUGGUAUUAAUUAUUUAUGAAGGAAAUUAAGCUUCACUGAUGGUCCAGCACUCAUUGGCCAGAUAUUUACAUAUAAGUGAAAAACACGUGUGUUGCUGAUCAAGGAGGUGCAUCCCUAAUAUUGACACAAAAAUGUCACUGCCGUUAACGCUAUUCUUUGUCCACAAUACUGUAUUUUGCACUCAGUUGCUGCAAAGAUUAAAAGUUUUCAGGGGCUGCACCAAGGAGGCACUAGGUGGCAGUGUAUUAAAUGGACAUAGAAGUGUGGUUUGCUAGUGACGUAGCUUACAAUCUGAGACUGUGGUCCUGAAUGUACUUGCAACUCUAGCCUAGCAUAUUGCGUCUUUUUGUCUCAUACUGUAUAGAGAACAGAGAGCCUAUGUUAGCACAGUCCACUUGAGUUUUCAUUGUUAAUGAAGUACAGGAUUUUUGUUCAUUUUGCUUGGUAUUAUUGAGGCACAUCUUGCUUGUGUAUGUACAGAUUUCCCCCACAGUAUUCUAUUCAUUGUUUUCUAUUAUCACAUUUUUUAUAUUGCUUCUAACCCUGACAUUUAAUUGUUGCACAGCAGAAAUAACAUUGUGGGUGGAAAAUAAAAAAAAUAAAGCUUGAUUUUCUUUGC